CCUCGCCAGCCGCUGAUUGGCUGCCUCGCCCUUCACGCGCCGCGGCCCUGUCUCGUGUCGCACCCGGCUGGAAACAAUGUAGCCGCGGCGCCUUUCCGCCAGCCCCGGGCGCAGGGCAGCAGCGGCAGCUGGCUCCAGAAGAAGUUGCUCCGAAGUCCUGCUGAGCUCCGGCUCCGGGCGGCAGGAGGACGCGCUGACUAGGCUAAGGGCUGCCGCUGGCACGUUAUCCUGAAAUCGGCCUCAUCAUCAAUUAAUAACCACCCCUCGCUGGCGCGUCUGCCGUUGGGAGGGGUCAGCGACAAGAAGCGGUGGAUGAAGGGGGUCGUUACCCGUGGACCACAACGGGAUGUGGGUCCCAACAACAGCUGGGGCCUGCAGCCUUCUUUUCUCCUGCUGUACAUCAUUGGAUGCUGACUGCUACCAAAGCAAGCCUGGGUUUUGACAGGCGCUCAGACUAUCCAGGAGAAGAUCCUGUAUAGGGGACAGUCUUGUAUUGUGCCCUGGAGGUGAUGGAUGGGUUAGCGGGUGGAACCUUUUCCAUCGUCAGUCAUUCAGCCUGAACAGCAGGAUUUUAUAACCGAAAGAGCACACUCCCGAGGUGGAACGCUUACUUCCCUUCAAAGGGCCAUGGAGCCGGGCAGCAUUGAUAACUUGUCCAUCCUGUACCAGAGCUCUGACUUCAUUGUGGUCAACAAGCACUGGGAUGUUCGCAUCGACAGCAAGAUGUGGUAUGAGAAGCUGACCCUGCAGAGCCAGCUGAAGUACCGUUUCCCAGAGCUGGCUGACCCAGACACGUAUUAUGGCUUCAGGUUUUGCCAUCAGCUAGACUUUUCCACCAGUGGGGCCCUCUGCGUUGCUCUCAAUAAAGCGGCUGCCGGUAGCGCGUACAAGUGUUUUAAGGAACGGAUGGUGACCAAGGCCUACCUCGCUCUGGUCAGGGGCCACGUGAGCGAAAGCAGAAUGACGAUCCGUUAUGCCAUAGGGAAGAACACGACAGAAGGCAUGACCCACAUGAUGUGUACUGAAGGGACAGAAGGCUGUGAAAAUCCAAAGCCUUGCCAGUCAGAGCUAAGCGUCCUUGAGCAUGGUUCAUACAGUGGUGACCCAGUAACUAAAGUGCUUCUACAGCCACUGACGGGCCGGACGCACCAGCUCCGGGUUCACUGCAGUGCUGCUGGACACCCCAUAGUGGGAGACUUCACAUACAGCUUUAAGAAGGACAGUAACCCAUACAGAAUGAUGCUCCAUGCUUACUACCUGCGGAUCCCUACCAGGAAAGAACUGAUUGAGGUGAGUGCUCCUGACCCCUUUCUGACCUCUCUGGAUAGCAACUGGGUCCCUCACCAUGUUGUGCACCGACUGGAUGAGAUGAUCCAGGAACUGAAGGACAAGACUAUCCGGGCAGAGGAAGAGGAGAGGAACCAGGAAGCAUUGCUUAGUAGUGGAGGAGAGGAGAUGCCGAGCAAAACCAAGACCCUGGAGAGAGAGGAAGAACGAACCAAGUGUGAGCAGUGGUUGGCGGAGUGGGCCUUGGCAUGAGAUGCUGCUGUUGCUGUUUCAAACCCAAUAUUCCAUUUGCUCACUGUGGGACAUGACAGACAACCCUCCCCUCCGCCCCUUCCCAGCCCAGGACCCAACGCCGCCUCCGCGUCAGCACUUUUUUAUGCCGAGCUAUCUUAGAAUGAAUCCUCCAAGGGUUCAUUUCCGGGUCUGAAAUUUGACUUAUUUUAGCAUCAAGUAGGAUUUUUUUUUUUCAUGAGUUAAGCUCCACCCCACCACUGGAUGCACUUUUCCUUGUUCUGCAACUCCGCUAUGGGAUUUGAAUGUCAUGCACCACAUCAGAAAUGAGGCAGAAGCCCCAGUGGACUGCGCCUUUGUAUUAGCGCUAAACUGCUGGGUGGGCAUCAGCAGAGCUGAUCCAUUUAUGACGCUCCUGCAGAGAAUGAUGGAGCUCCUUUCAAACCUGUAGUACUAAAACAUUGCCAAGAUACACUCAAUUUAAAGGGAAUCAAUAAUGGAGGAGAGAAGGUGGGGCCCUUAAGCCUUUCUGGGUGGAAUCUUUGGGUCUGCUUUCACUUCCCCAUUCCCGCCUACUGAGUGAUCAUGUCCACUCACUGAGUCCUAUUAGCUAUUGCUGUCUUCCAGUGCAGGGCAUGAAGAAAUAUCAUGCAGCAUUUUGCAUUGCUCCGACUGAAAGGAUGAGAGUCAUGCCAACCAGCCAUGUGCUUUGCCAAUAAAUCCCAAUGUGGGUAAUCCCCAGUUAAACAGAGCUGCUGGGAGGGUCCUUUAAUUGGAGUGCAGGACUCACUACCUUUCCCAAGUCUGCAUUUAGACCAUUUAUAUUUUUAAAAGGUUUUAAAUUGAUGACUACUAAUGAAUUUUAAACUUUCUAAGGAAAUUUGACACGGGAUACAGUCCUUUAGCAGUUCUGCAGUGCUGUCGGUCUCAGAUGUAAAAAGAACAGGAGUACUUGUGGCACCUUAGAGACUAACAAAUUUAUUAGAGCAUAAGCUUUCGUGGACUACAGCCCACUUCUUCGGAUGCAUAUAUUUGUAACAUCACACUUCUAGUACAUUGGCACCAGUAGCAGAUUAAAAAUAUCUAACACCCCAAAACUUUUUCCUACAGGUGGUGAGAUUUUAUUACACCCUUUACUUAUAUGCUCCUUUUCUAAGAGCCUGCUCUUGCCUGGAGAUGCACAUGGCACUCCUGCUAUCACUAAAAAUGGGCAUUCCAGGCAAUUCUCAGCAGGAGAACACAACUCUAAAUAAAUUCAUGAGAAUCACCUUGUUCUCCUAAUGCCUGUGACAGGGCACUGCCUGGCUUUCACCAGUAGGUGGUGCCAUAGGCAGUCUCAGGCAUCACAGACCAUUUGUUUAAAUUGUCUUAGGACUUCAGCAGUGAGACUAGAGGAAAAACACACACAACUAAAGGAAUGUUAAAGGGCUGGUGCACACAAACCAUCGCAAGGAAGGCUGGGACUCAGUGUCCCUGUUUUAGGAGAGUCAGGAGUUGAAGGGAAGCCUUAAACGAGAAUUUCCUUGCUUUGCAAAUCUCAUUCAAACCUUCAUUGUUGCUGUACUUGCCAUUUUUGUGUUUUAAUUUUCUCCUUCGGCUUUUAACGGUAGUUUUAAAAUAAUGGAAUAAAACUGUAAUGGAAUUCUGUGAGACAGUCAUAGAUUAUUGGGACAAUAAACCAUGAUAGCCCAUUCAGAUCUAUUGUGACCUGUGUAUCUUAGCUAUUUAUAUCACACCAGUCACCUUAGUAUCUAAGCACUGAGCUGUCAUAUCAGUGCAUGCCUUUAGGGUCCCUUAAUCCCCAGCCUAUUGUGCAUCUGACAGUGCACACUGUUUCAGUGUUGUUAUAGCCAUGCCGAUCCUAGGAUAUUAGAGAGGCAAAGGGGGUGAGGGAAUAUCUUUUAUUGGACCAACUUCCAAAAGAGACAAGCUUUUGAGCUUCUACAGAGCUUUUCUCAAGGUCAGAGUAAAAGAUAUUACCUCAGCCACCUUGUCUGUUCCCCCAGAUGACAAAUAUAUCUACUGGGAGAUGAAAAGAACUUCGCCGCUCUCCCCGGAACAUGGAAACAUAAACAUUCUGCAGGGUCACUUAAAUCAUACUUGGGUUUUGCCCCUCAGAAUGGGUCUCGUCACCUAUUUCCAUGGACGCCAUUUGCUACGUCCUCAGUACAGUCUCAGCUGCCAAUGUAAUGCACGGAGGCUCGCUUGUUUCUGGCACUGUAGCUGGUAUGUUCUCCUUCUGGAGCAUGUGUGACUCACCCAUCGGAAGGAGGGUUUGUGUCUUAUAGAAUUACCUCUCGUUGCACCAGUGGAUGCAUGUAUGUGUCUGCAGCUUCCAGAAACUAUGGAAUUGCCAUGAAAUGGGUCUUUGAGAUAACAGUUCAUCAUCAGAGCUUUUGAUGCAUGAUUAGGAGAAUCUUCCUGUUUGGCACUUUAUUGCUUGAUGUUUUGUGCGUGUGUCGCAGGCAGUUAGGGCCAGAUAAUACCUGGUGGGUCAUUAUUUUUCAUGGUUCUUCCCAACACUAUUCCCACUCAUAUCCGUAGCAGUGAUCAGCUGGUCGAUGAAUGUGAAUUGACCCUGAGGGACAUUCAUUAGGAGCAAAGCGUUCAGCAAAUUUUAGUAGCUACAGGAAGCAGAGACUCUAGCUUGGUUUGCUUUAGUAUCUGAACCUCCCCAUUGAGUAUCCUAGUUCAGCUGCUGGUAUUUUGCCAGGCAGACAGAGCCUCAUCCAGUAGAGAACAUAUCUCUUGCUCCAGAGACUGCUGGAGAUUGUGUUAGUCAAAAGACGUGACAUGCAUCAGUUGGCUGAAGCAUGAUCGUAGGAGUCACGAUCUUGAGAAGCAAUUCACGGAAUAGCAUUAGCAUUGGCUAAGGGCAGUCCUGCUUAUCAGUAUUACUGGCUGGAGGUUACAUACUGUUGCUAUGCAGGCUAAUGUUAGCUGCCCGUUUGGAGGUGGACAGAAUAUUUGUGGAAGUAGAGGAUCAGGGAUGAGAAGUUCUGUGGACAAAACCUCUAAGACUCUUAUCAGUGAUGUCUGCACCAAAGGUCCCAGUCUCACCUACCUUUGGUCACACAUACGCACAGUGAUGGGGGAAGUGUGGGGAGUGGAGCUUGUUGCGAAGUAGCCUGAUGAGAUUCCUUCAGCUCUAAGCCAAUGAUGAGCACCAGUAUACUGAGUAAGUGACUUCCCUGAUCAGUGUGGGAAGGUGAAAUUCACUGUGGUGGAAAGAUCACACACAAAGUCCUGGGCAACACUUUAUGCUCUUAACACAAGGCCUGGUGCAGGGCACGUACGCUGGGGUGAAUUUUUUUAUUAUUAUUAUUAUUAUUACCCUGUAAGAGAUUUAGAAAGUGUCUUCCAGCUGAGAUAUGCUCAGCAUAGAUCCUACCAGCUCAGCAUCAGUGGGUGUGGCGUGAGCCAUUUGGCUCACGUUGGAGCGUGGCUGCCUGUUGGCCAUGAAGAUCUCAAUUUGUCUUCGCUGUGAUGACCCAGAACUCACGCUCUCCCACACACAUACACGCAAAGAGGAAAUUAAGCCAUUGUACAGGCAACCUCACUGGUUAGGUGAGCGCACCCUAGUGUUUGUUCACUGGUUGACGGACGAAACUUGUCCCAAAUGUUUAAAGUCUUGAAAACAUUCCAUCCAGGACCCUGUGGACCAAGUGUUGGUGCAAAGACCACAGCAUCCCCUGUCUGCUCUGCAUGCCCGAGAGGGUUUAGACUUCAUGUAUUGCACUUUUAUCCAAUGUUGCAGGAAUCAGAGAUGAAUAUUUUUUUCCUGAAAUUUUAUGAAUUGUUGAUGGAGAAAUAUAUUUUGCAGUAAUGCUUUCACACUGCUUCCACCCUGGAACCCUGUUGUACAGUGUUUGCUGUUCGUGUUUAUCAUGUGGUAGAGAUUUGACGGUUACUUCCCUGGGGUAAUUUGCUAGGAGCCUUAAGUUGAUCUAUUUAUAUAUUUAUAAUGUGGUGUGGGUAGUUUUUGUGGGAGUAUUUUGUGACAUUUUGUAAACCUCAGGCGAAUCCUUGUUUAUUGUUAAUGCAUUUGUGGACAUUCCUGUAAUAAACCACUAAGUGUGCACCGU